AUGGCGGUGGCGCUGGACGAGGUGUGGGGCAGGGUGAAGAACGUGUGUAAGCAGAACGGCCUUCUGAUCCUGUCCGUGCUGGCCGUGGUCAUCGGCUGUCUGUUGGGCUUCUUCCUGCGCGGGAAGCAGCUCUCCAAGCAGGAAGUGAUGUACUUCCAGUUUCCUGGGGAACUUCUAAUGAGAAUGUUGAAGAUGCUGAUUCUGCCUCUCGUCGUAUCCAGUCUGAUGUCCGGCCUGGCCGCCCUGGACGCCAAGUGCUCCAGCCGGCUGGGCAUCAUGACUAUCUCCUACUACCUGUGGACCACCUUCGUGGCCGUGGUGGUGGGCAUCGUCAUGGUCUCCAUCAUCCACCCGGGAGGCGCCGCCCAGAAGGAGGACUCCGAGGAGAGCAGCAAGCCCAUCAUGAGCUCCGCCGACGCCCUGCUGGACCUGAUCCGCAACAUGUUUCCGGCCAACCUGGUCCAGGCUACGUUUCAACAGUACCGCACGCAGAGCAUCCCGGUGCCCGGCCCGCGGCCCACCGUGGCCCAGCUGCUGGACGAGACCACCACGCGACGCCUCUUCAUCUACGGUAUCCAGGACGACAACGGCACAGACAUCCAGAACUUCUCUCUGGACCUGACGCCGCCGCCCGACGUGGUCAUGCGCACGUCGCCUGGCACCAGUGAGGGCAUGAACGUCCUGGGGAUCGUCAUCUUCUCCGCUACCAUGGGGAUAAUGCUGGGCCGAAUGGGGCCCAACGGCAGCGCUCUCGUCAACUUCUGUCAGAGCUUGAACGAAGCCGUCCUGAAGAUCGUCGCCAUUGUCAUUUGGUACUUCCCCUUCGGCAUCGUGUUCCUGGUGGCCGGCAAGAUCCUGGAGAUGGACGACCCGUCGGCCAUGGGCAAGAAGCUGGGCUUCUACGCCAUCACAGUGGUCAUGGGUCUGGUGCUGCACGGCCUCUUCAUCCUGCCCGCCAUGUACUUCUUCAUCACCAAGAAGAGCCCCAUCGUCUACAUCAGGGGCAUCCUCCAGGCCCUGCUCAUCUCCCUGGCAACCUCCUCCAGCUCGGCCACCCUGCCCAUCACCUUCAAGUGCCUGCUGGAGAACAACCACAUCGACCGCCGCAUCAUCCGCUUUGUGCUGCCGGUCGGCGCCACCAUCAACAUGGACGGCACGGCGCUCUACGAGGCGGUGGCCGCCAUCUUCAUCGCUCAGGUCAACAACUACGAGCUGGACUUCGGCCAGAUCAUCACCAUCAGCAUCACCGCCACGGCCGCCAGCAUCGGCGCCGCCGGGAUCCCGCAGGCCGGCCUGGUCACCAUGGUGAUCGUGCUGACCUCGGUGGGCCUGCCGACCGACGACAUCACGCUGAUCAUCGCCGUGGACUGGGCUCUGGAUCGCUUCAGGACCAUGGUGAACGUCAUGGGGGACGCGUUGGCCACGGGCAUCAUGGCUCACAUCUGUAGGAAGGACUUUGUGAAGGAGGGGGAGCAGGUCCCUCUGAUCUGCGAGACCAAGCCCAUGAUCAGCAUCCAGCAGAUGAUGACCUACCAGAACCAGAAGAACGGCUGCUUCCAGCCGUCGCCGGUGGACCACCUCCACCUCUCCCCUGACGUGGCCCGCCUCAUGCAGCUGGAGGAGGGCGUGCGGCCGGGCGAGAGGCGGAGGCACGGCGCCCACCACCGGCGGGUGGCCGCCGCGGCCAGGGGGCACAAGGAGCAGUGUGCCAUCGACAUGAACGGUCUGGAGACCAACGUGUAG